AUGAGGUUAACGAAGUUGGUCGAUGAUGAGAUAGAAGAAGAUGAACAGUUCUGGAAUCAGGAUGCUCUUAAAGAGGUAGCAGAAGACACAAACUAUCAGGAAGAAGGAGAAGCUGCAGAUGUUUUUGACAGUGACUUUGAUGAAGAUGAACCUGAUCAAGAAGAAGCAGUAGAAAAUGAACCAGAUGAUAGGGUGCAAUCAAGAAAGCGAUUAGUGUAUCCAGGACAUCCAGCGUCCAAAAAGAAACAGAAAAAGAAAGUUAUCUCUGCUCUACAAAGAGAUCCCAACGAUGAACAAGUGCAUGGUAGAUCUACUGAUUAUAAACCUGAUGAAUUGACUGAAGACUUGGAAGUGGAGAGAAGUAUUAGAAAAUCUACAAGAACCUCAGUCAUUGUCAGGCAAGCUGAAAGGGAUGCAAUACGUGCAGCAGUGCAAGCAACUAUGAAGCCAAUAAAGAGGAAAAAGGAAGGCGAGGAAAAGAGGAUGACCCAGGAAGAGAUGCUUCUGGAAGCUGCUCAGACAGAGAUCAUGCACUUGAGGAAUUUGGAACGUGUGUUAGCAAGGGAAGAAGAAGUUAAAAAAAGAGCAGUUGUGCAUAAAGCAGUUUAUAGUGGUCCUCAGAUACGAUAUCUUUCUAAAGAGGGAUGUUCAUAUCUAGAAUUCAGGAAUGGGGCGUCCUUUCACUCAAAGGUUCCUGCAACACCUGUCCCUUAUUCACAGAAGUCUGUCUGUGCAGUUACUGGACUACCCUCAAAGUACCGUGAUCCAAAAACAGGGGUACCUUAUGCAACAAAAGAAGCCUUUAAGGUCAUUCAAGAAAGAUUGUUAGGAUGGAGAAAUUUGGUUUUGGGUUGAAACUUGAAAUUGGUUUCCUAGAGAAGAUUUGCCCUUUCACUGUUAUGGAAUUGAGGAUGAGGGAGAAGAGAAGAAUACCUAUUAGCUUCUUGAUGGCUUUUCCCAGAGGGUUUGAUUUGCAAAAGAAGGUAAGGGAUCGGGUUACUGAAUGACGAAAUUUGCCAUAUAUUUCGCCUUAUGAGGGUGCUUUUUAUUUGGGCCAUGAUAAUUAUCAGGCAGAGAAAUGGACUGUGGCGGUUCUGCACGAGUUGCUUUAUUUUUGUUAGCCGAAGAAGACAAUGUAUGUUGUUUGGGAGAUUAUUUGGGAUCCGGGAACAGAUUUAGGAAGGCUGUGGUACAUCAUUCUGGGAUUUUUUACAUGUCCAAAAAGAUGAUAGCACAGACGGCUUUGAGGAAGUCAUAUCGAAUAGCUGCUUUGAUUGAUGUGCAUCAGCUGAUGGAAAUGCGGUAUUGCAUGUUAUAUUGAUCUCAUAAAUAAUAGAGAAGAGAAACCCAUUUCAAGUCAGACCUGACGGGCGGAAGAGCUUGUCUUUUUUUUAUUGCGAAGGAAGGAAAAUGAAAUGAUAGUAUAAUCCAGGAACAAGACAUAGAGUCAGAACUGGAUUGCUCUUCCGUAUUGGAAGUUCAAAAUAGUGAUAAUGAGGAGGUUAGGCCGAAUGUUAUAGAGCUGAAACUGGAGAGGAGAGGCAACUGGAAUUUUACAAGCAGAUCUUUCUUCACUUAGGUGUGGAGCAUGUACCCUGUUGCAGAGAGCAUUGCGAAGAAGGCAGAUAUGUUGGCUAGCUCAAUUCUUUGGCAGCUUAAACUUAAUAAACCCUGUCAGUCGUUUGUUAUCCACUUAUUAGCGAAAUAAUUGAAGAUCCAAUGAAGGCUCCUGGAGCCAGCACUCAAGAGAAAUGCCGACGAUGCCUGCCAAAAGUAUCUGAUUCAACUUGAUUAACAACCCUAUUCACAUUUACUAAUCAGCCCCUUAAUUGAGACAGUUAAACGACUCUAGCAAAUUGUUAGAGAUCCUCGGGCAGGGUAUGAACAGAGCUUGUCAGUCCUAAAACACGCAAAGACCGACAAGGAGGGUAUGAUAACAAAAACCUCUAUAAUGUUGGGACUUGGAUCUGAGGAUGAGCUUAAGGAAGCCAUGGCUGACUUAGGAUGUUGAUAUUUUAACUCUUGGGCAGUACUUAUAAAUAUUUAUCAGAAGAUUGGAUUCGAGAUUUGCAGAGCAGUUUAUAGGAGAGAAUAAAAGGCUUGUGUGGGACAAAAGAUAAGAUUAGAAGUACAACCUAUAACGAGGAGAGAUUGUUAAACGAAGAGCUUGUAAAAGAUGGUAAAAGAAGCUGAUGUACAGAGCAGAAGCUAAAGUGAACAAGAAAGGGACAGAGAAAAAGAAUGCUUUUACUUCAGAUUUUUUCCUUUCUGCAAAUUACUCACUUUGACAGAGAAACUCUUUAUCUUUAUGCGAGUUUCUAUUUGCACUAUUAUGCUUGCUUUUACGGAAUGGCCGGAAAAUGAGGACCUGCAAUUGCUCAUGUAUUGGAGUUUAGCAAGGUAACCAUGUCGAAAUCAUUGCCAAUGAUCAUGGUAGGAGCAUUACUCCUUAUUCUGUGGCUUUCUAUGAUACUGAGGUUCUAAUUGGUAAUGUCAUGGCUGGAAAAUGAGGACCUGCAAUUCGAAUUGAUCUGGGAACCAUGUAUUCAUGUAUUGAGUUUGGUAAGCCAGGGCCUUUUUUCCCACUUGUGGACUCAUCACGAAGUUUUUGAAGCCCAAGAGGAAGAAGAUGAUGAUUUGGUUUCGGAUGAAACACCUGUUACAGGAUUUUGGAGUGGAUUUAUUUGGCUGGCUGCUAUGACUAUUGUUAUGUUGUUAUAUCAGUGUUAUCUGAGUAUGUUGUUGGCACUACUGAGGAAGCAUCAGCCACCUGGGGAUUAUCUGAAAGCUUCAUCAUCAUCAUUCUAUUGCCAAUUGUCAGAAAUUCAUCAUCAUUCUAUUGACAAUUGUCAGAAAUGCAACUGAACAUGCUGGAGCAGUAAUUUUUGCUUUCAAGAACAAGCUGGAUAUAACUUGAUCAACUCGGUUGCCUGUCCUGUGCAUAUGAGUCCUUGAAGAAUUGCUGUGUUGACCAUCAGUUCAAAUACCACCGGCCAUCAGCUCAAAUUAGCACCGAGACUCCCGGACCAACUUUGUUAAUAUACCUUAAAAGCUCAGUUGACAUUAUUAUACCACGUGUUUACAUAUGAGUUAUGAGAAAAUAUUAAUGAUCAAGCUGUUUUAUAACAGACAUCGAGGUCCGCUGUAAAUGAUGGCUGGAUUUUGAAAAGAAUUUCUAUGUUUAAGCUUAUUUUAGUUUGUGAGUUGAGGCUAUUUCAAGUUUCAGUUCAUUCA